UCAGCCCAUGGACUCGCUCCAGCACUCAUUGCAUACAAGAAGAGGACUACAAGAUACUGAUUUUUUUUGUGUCUGUCAACCAUCGUCAGUUCUCAGUAGUAACGCAGUUACACAACAUAAACACUGUUAUAUUCUUUAAAAUACUCUCGGGUCUGGACUGUUUCUUUAAAGAGACCCCAGCGUCUCACUUAACGGCGGCUUUGUCGGUCGGAUGAGACCAGCAAAAGAGCUGCACUGACAGUGCCUGGAAUAGCUAAAUAAGGCAUUCCUAUCCAUCCCUCUGUCCACCCCUACCUCCCUCUCUCCUCUUGUGGCUGUAAAUAAGCUGGGGCUGUGUAGACCCCUUGAGAGGCCCUCCCCCUCCCACUCUUCCCCACCACUGUGCCCCCCCUUCUAACUCCCCUGCCCACUCAGACUCUGCUGCUGCUGUUUAUGUUGCCGAAAGGCGCCAGGGAGAUGCUCAGAUGAUCCAUUGGGCCAUCCUGAACCACAUCGUCCAUAUAGCCCAAGGCAGGGAAGACUAACUACUGCGAGUGUGAGAGAGCCCUUCGAGGGUGCUGUGAGUACCCUGUGAGGCCCGCCCUCCCGCCAAGCCUGGCAGAAAGCUUGGCUUGUCCCUUCACUUCUCCAGCCCCUGAGAUGCCCUCCCCUCCCAAUGAAGGAGAGGAUCAAGGAGCGUCCCCCGUGAACGGGCCAUCUGUGGGCUCGUACCGGAGCAGCGGGAAGAGAAAAGUGCGCACCAAAAAGAAGAAAGGCACUAUCACCGCCAAUGUCACUGCCACCAAAUAUGAGAUUGUUCGUAUAGUCAUCAAAGAGGUGGACUACAUCAAGACCCGGGAAGAUGACGAGACCGCCAACCUCAUCUGGAAUGACUCGGCCGUGCAGCACGAGAAAAUCGCUGAGCUCAGGAAUUAUCAGAGAAUUAACCAUUUCCCUGGCAUGGGCGAAAUCUGCCGGAAGGACUGCCUAGCAAGAAACAUGUCCAAAAUGAUCAAGUGCCAGCCUCAAGAGUACAGCUUCAUUCCCAAAACCUGGAUCUUCCCAGCCGAAUACACUCAGUUCCAGAACUAUGUCAAGGAGCUCCGCAGGAAGCGCAAGCAGAAGACCUUUAUCGUCAAACCCGCCAACGGAGCCAUGGGUCACGGGAUCUCGCUUAUCCGUAACUGUGAGAAGCUGCCAGCCCAGGAACACUUUAUCGUUCAGGAGUACCUGGACAAGCCCUUCCUGAUGGAGGGCUACAAGUUUGACCUGCGCAUCUACAUCCUCGUCACUUCCUGUGACCCACUUCGCAUUUUUCUCUACAAUGACGGACUGGUCCGCAUGGGCACAGAGAAGUACCAUGCACCCAGUGAGGCCAAUCUGAGCCAGCUCUACAUGCAUCUGACCAACUACUCAGUCAACAAACACAAUGAGAACUUUGAGCGAGACGAGACAGUGGACAAAGGCAGUAAGAGGUCCAUCAGUUGGUUCACCGAGUUCCUGCGCACCAACGACUACGAUGUGGCCAAAUUCUGGGGAGACGUCUCUGAGCUGGUGGUGAAGACUAUAAUAGUGGCUGAGCCCCAUGUCCUGCACGCCUAUCGCAUGUGUCGCCCCGGCCAGCCACCAGGGAGCGACAGCGUCUGCUUUGAGGUCCUGGGCUUUGACAUCAUCUUAGACCGCAAACUCAAACCCUGGCUACUGGAGAUCAAUCGAGCUCCGAGCUUUGGGACCGAUCAGAAGAUUGAUUACGACGUGAAGAAAGGAGUGCUGCUCAAUGCUCUUAAACUCCUCAACAUUCGAGCCAGUGAUAAGAAACGCAACCUGGCCCAGCAAAAGGCAGAGGCUCAGCGACGGCUCUAUGGCCACGGCUCCAUGAAGAAACUCUCAGCUGCUUCCUCAGACUGGGAGAAACAACGUCACACACUGGAGCGUAGGAGGGAAGAGCUGAAAGAGCGACUGGCACAGGUCCGCAAGCAGAUCUCCAGGGAUGAGCAUGAAAAGCAACAUCUGGGGAACUACAGGCGUAUUUACCCCCCAGACGACAAGCUGCUGUUGGAGAAGUAUGAAAGCCUGCUCUCGGCCGCCUUUCAGACCUUCCUCGCCGGGCGAGCUGCCUCACUUCAAAAGGAAAUGAAUAAUCCUCUGAAACGAAUGAAGGAGGAGGACAUCUUGGAUCUGCUAGAGCAAUGUGAACUGGACGACGAGAAGCUGAUGGGCAAAUCCUCCAGGCAACGAGGCCCGAAGCCCAUGACCGCCAUGCCAGAAUCCAGUCAGACACCAAGGCGUCAACGACCGGACUACCUGGCCGACUUCACCAGCGGCAGCAGCGGUGAUGACUCCUGCUCCUCCUCAGACGAAGAAGUAGAGGAGGAGAGGAGGAGAGCCGGAGGAGGAAGAGGAGGUGAGAAGAGGGAGAAGAAAGUUUCCUACGACCUUGGGGAGAGCAAGGAGAAGAACUUGGCUGAGCGCUCAGGUCGCAUGCACUGGAAACCUCCAAUCAAGUCGCUCAAACCCAGCCCCGCCCCUUCUGCUUCCCCAACACUUUCUGGUCCAAUCAGGCGCUCCAUCUCCUGCCCUCGCUCCAUUGCCUCACUCUCGUCGCCCAAUGAGGUGCGGGCAUUGUCCACCAGGCCUUCGCCCACAGUUCCCAUGGCCACUCACCUCAUCAGGCCGAGCUCCGCCACGCUGCGCUCUCACUCGCUAAGCCGCAGUGGCUCCGCCCACCGUGUGCCUCACAGCAACAGCCUGGGGACCAUCCACUCCAACAUAGGCGAUCCGCUGAUAAACCUAAGGAGUAAAGAGCAGGAGGCCGAGCUGGUGCGUCAGACUCUGGCCGUACUCACCGCCAUGAGGAUCAGGUUUCCAGGCAAAACCGAGGAGGAGGCAGAGGCUGUUCUGGAUGAGAUCCUAGACAACUGGAAAUACCACAAAUCAAAGGUGGCCUCCUAUUGGCUAGUGAAGCUGGACUCUACCAAACAGCGUAAGGUGUUGGACAUUGUGCGUACCAAUGUACGCUCAGCACUGCAACGGAUUUGGAGGGAGCCGGACAUAGAAAGUCUCCACCUCUACCGGCUCUUUAACCGCGUCUUCAACCGGCUACUCUGGAGUCAUGGCCAGGGCCUGUGGAACUGCUUCUUGAACACCGGUUCAUCGUGGGAGACCAUCUUCAGUAAGAGCAGCGAGGUGGUGUCACCCCAGGAGCUGCAGUGCUGCCGCCGGCUGGUCCAGCUGUGCCGAGACUGCCUGUUGGUCGUCUACAAGUUUGUCUCAGAGUCCCGUGGCUCUCUGACCGGACUCAGCCCUGAAUGGGACGACACCAGCUUACCAUUUGCUGCGGGACCAGCCUCUACCCAUGGCUCCACCCCUGCUGCUGUUGCUGCCGCUUCUUCCUCCUCUUCCUCCGUCUCUUCGCCCCUUGACGCAGGUAUCUGCUGCCAGUGACCUCCCAGUUCAUCAUGAAGUGGCCUUCGUCCAGCUUUGGCCGCAUCUCCUCGGCCGUUCCACACUCAAGCAGCCUUUUCGCCGCCAGGAUGGGCCACUUCUGAGGUCACCGUGGCAACCCUGGCUUCCGACACCUCGCCUUUUGACCUCAACUUUCCUCCCUUGACUCUCACGCAGCCAAACUCUGAUCUCAACAAGUCCGGUACGGAUCUGAUCUCUAGGUAGCUCUGGACACCUGACGGAGCCUCAACAGGGGCCAAAUCCCCCCCCUGCGGAAGACCAACAAAGAAAGGCCGGAUGAUUUGGGAUUGCUAAAGGGCCUUGUUCAGUUUAGAUUAGUUUGGACUGGCCUCGACCAGCAAACCACAGGUACCCUCGACCGCUAUAGCCCCAUUAACACCAGACAAUGGGUUUACCCCUCUUUUCUCAUUGUAAUUGCCGUAUUAUACCUGCUCACUGUACAGUUAUAAGUCAUGGUACUGUAAAAGCAAAGAAUAAUGAAUACUAAACAGUGCAAGGAUUAUUUAUUUAUGUACUUACUUAUUUUGUAAGGUAUUCCAUGAAUGCAGUGAAUGCUGAUGCAGAAUGCAGAUAUGGAAUAAUAUCAACAAAGCUAUCCCUUGUUUGAGAAAGUGGAUGUAAAAAAAUAACAAAAAGCUUAUUUUUGCUGCCUGUAAUCAGUUAUUUUAUGUCUGAAUUUAAUUUAUUUCAUAACUUAUAUCAGAGGCUUUAUGUUUAUAAAUGUUACAACAGUCACUUUAUGUUCCAGUUUUUACAGUGGAGAGGUGGUGCCCAGAGAACUCAAAAUGCUUAACUUUUGAACGCUUCAUGUUUUACCUGUGUGAUAUUAAGUGCAGCACUAUUAAGCAACAUAAUGUUUAGAAUGUCAAUGUAGUGAAGCCAAGCCUCUUUGCCUCCUUCAGAGAGAACGAGCUGACUUUGAUGCCACAGCUCAAAGAGCCAAACUUAAGUCUUAAGAGAGCACCCAGUUCCUAAUGUACACUUUGCAGUAUGUCACAGAAAGAGAAAGUGGGUGCGCAUUACAGUAGUGUUUGCAUGCCUAGAUUUUAGUCCCUCACCCAGACGUAGUGGUUAGACAGACGAGCUGCGUUUGGAACAUACUUGAAGUUUUGUGUUGUCAUUAAUUAGUGUGUCUUUGUAUGGGAUACACUCAGAAGGAGACACUUCAAAUUUUAGAUUUGUCGUCUGGAGUACGGAUGUAUUAAAGAUAAUAAGGAUGUGUUGCAUCACUUACAGAUUGUGCGGCACGUUGAAUGACUCGGCUCAUCAGCCCCAAUUUUCUGUACUGUAACAGCGGCAAUUUGCCUGGGACAAGCAGCUACUGCCUCCCCCCCCCCCCACACACACACCACACUGUAGGUACAAGUGCAAGGGAGAUCAUGGAUGUGCCAAUAAUAAGCACAUCUACUUCAUGUGUUCAGUUGGGUUUAAUUUAAGCUUAAUAUGUCAUUAAACUACUGUAGGACCUCAGUUAAAUACGGUAUUAAAUGUUUAUAGAUAGAGGAUAUGUUUAGUAGUUUACUUGGCUGUGUGUACUACCCCAUGAGAUGAUACUAGACUUCUAAAGAUGGUAGUCUGUCAGCAGAGUGUGAAUUUUAUAACAUCAAUCCUGACUUGUGUAGCAGCAAUGCUGUGCUAAAUCUGCUCAAAUUUAAUUCCCCCCCAUACACUGAACUUCACUUCACAAUGCCAAAUAUUUUUAUUUUGCCUGAUUUUAUUUAUUUAAGAGUAGUACUUUUUCAUUGGAGGUACAAGAUUUUUAAUUUUACAUAGCAAUAAAAAGGUUUAAACAAAAACGCA